GCGGAGAGAAAGAAAGCAAGAUUUGAGGGGAUUCUCCAAACUCACGUCUUCUGCAGUGCCUUUUAUUGCUGAUCAUUUAGCAGGUGGGUGGGAGGCAGGGAAGGAGAGCGAGAUCCACCAGUCAGAUUCACCUCAGGGGACUCUAUAGCGAGCGCAGACCCCCACCUCUCCCUCGCCACAUCUCUCUUUCUGUCGCUCUCUCUCCUUUCCAUCGAACAAUCUGGGCACAGGAAGGCUGGAUUUCCCCCCUCUAUGUCACAUCUGGAUGGAGGCAAGAAAGGUCUAGAAAGAGGGCCGGAGGCUGCGGGAAGAAGAGCACAAAAAGAAAUGUUGGGGGGAUUCCACUGGAUUCCACACUGGACCAUGUGAGGACACGCAUCCAACAGAAGAUGGGAGCGCUACCCAAGAUGAUGUGUUUUUACCGAGCAUCGACCGCACUGGGAGUCUGAGCGAUUAGUUUGCACCUGGAGGUUUCAGGCUGGAGGUCUGAGCCCAGCCUUGGGGGGUCCACUCAGAGAGGAGCACACAGGGCUUCUGCUGGGGUAGCGCCAGGGGCUCGGCACAGCUCAGCACCAUGCCUGAGGCCAACUACCUGUUCUCUGUGUCCUGGGGAUACAUCAAGUUCAAGAGGAUGCUGAACCGGGAGCUAAGCCACCUGUCUGAGAUGAAUCGUUCAGGCAAUCAAGUGUCAGAGUACAUCUCCAACACCUUCCUAGACAAACAGAAUGAGCUGGAACUGCCGUGUCCUGUUCCCAAGUCAAGGGAAAGGAAGCGGAGGCAAGGCCAGCAGCAACAGCAAGGUGGAAUGAUGACUCAAACCGGUGGGGUGAGGAAGGUCGGCUACUCACCCUGUAUCUCCGGAAGCACCAACAGUCGCUUUGGAGUCAACACGGACCAGGAAGAACUGCUGUCUAAGGACCUGGAGGGCAUCAAUAAAUGGGGACUGAAUAUCUUCAAGGUGGCAGAGCACUCUCACAACCGGCCCCUCGCAUGCAUCAUGUACGCCAUCUUUCAGGAGCGAGACCUGAUGAGAACUUUCAAGAUUCCAACAGACACUUUUGUGACGUUCAUGCUGACCCUGGAGAGCCACUAUCACUCCGACGUGGCCUACCACAAUAGCCUGCACGCCGCAGACGUGGCGCAGUCCACUCACAUCCUCCUGUCCACACCAGCACUGGAUGCUGUCUUCACCGAUUUGGAGAUCUUGGCAGCUAUUUUUGCAGCUGCAAUUCAUGACGUGGAUCACCCGGGAGUGUCCAACCAGUUCCUCAUUAACACCAACUCCGAGCUGGCUCUGAUGUACAAUGAUGAGUCGGUGCUGGAGAACCAUCACCUGGCGGUGGGCUUCAAACUGCUGCAAGAGGAGAACUGUGACAUCUUCCAAAACCUCACCAAGAAACAGAAACAGGCUCUCAGAAGGAUGGUCAUAGACAUGGUUUUGGCAACUGACAUGUCGAAACACAUGAGCCUGUUGGCCAACCUGAAGACGAUGGUGGAGACAAAGAAGGUGACCAGCUCCGGCGUCCUUCUGUUGGACAACUACACCGACAGGAUGCAGGUUCUACGCAACAUGGUCCACUGUGCUGACCUGAGCAAUCCCACAAAGCCUCUGGAUCUGUACCAGCAGUGGACGGACAGGAUCAUGGACGAGUUCUUCCACCAGGGAGACCGGGAAAGGGAGCGGGGGAUGGAGAUCAGCCCCAUGUGUGACAAACACACGGCAUCAGUGGAAAGGACCCAGGUGGGCUUCAUUGACUACAUUGUGCAUCCUCUGUGGGAGACGUGGGCAGACCUGGUCCACCCGGAUGCCCAGGACAUCCUGGAUACGCUGGAAGACAACAGGAACUGGUACCAGAACAUGAUACCGCAGAGCCCCUCGCCUCCCUUCUACUCCGGCAACAGAGAGGGCGGCUCACACGGGGACUUGGAGGGGGACCCUGUCGCGAGCAGGUUUCAGUUCGAACUGACGCUGGAUGACCAGGAAAGCUUCGACUCAGAGAUGGAGACGGCGGUCUGCGACACCACGGCGGAGACCUGAGUGGUUGACGAGAGAUGGAGCGCGGCAUCAUUUUUUGCUGUUUUGGCUUCGUUUCAUUGCAGUGGAGCAAUCCUGCAACAUGGCUCUUUGGGGCUUCCUGGCUGAAAGGGGCUUACUGAAAACGGGGGAACCCCUGCUGAAGAGGCUUAGAAACCCUCCGGCAGUUUGUUUUGGAGCCCCCCCGGGGUGGAAGUUGGGCGACUUCUGUCCAAAUACAGAGACUUGGGAGUAUCCAGGCUGCCACUGACAGAGUGGACAAUGUACAUUUUUGUCCUGGGACAAGUGAAAAUUCCAAAUUUGCACCUCAGGAUGUUUGUUGUAUUCCUUCAAAACAACUUUUAAUGUGUUUGGACUGGAUGCCAUGUGGUUAAAUGUCCAACCAAAACGACUGGUCAGCAAGUUAUUUGUUAUGUUUUUUUACGGACGUAUUUUUUUUUACAACCAUGCCCUUUUAUAAGUGUAUUGAUAAUUUAUUGAGCACAUCCAUGUAGCUGUAAAGUGUGUAACGUUUUCUACGGCCAGGACAUAUCUGUCCCACACAGUCUUCCUACUGAUCUGGCAAUAGGAUAAGCUCGUCCUCACUGCGCCUCUAAAAUCACUUUUGACUUCCCAGCACACUUUGCACUUUGUGGCCAAAAAGAAUCGUGGGUAAAAUUAUGCUCAACAACAUCAGUUUCUAUUUUUCUCUCACAAAUUACCACCUACUGUAAGUAAUGAAGUAACUCGUCCAAAGGUCACUUUGAUAAAUUCACUGCCGCCUUGUAAAUGUUAUAAAACGAAUAAAAAUAACAUUCGUUUUAAAUAUAUAACAAUCUGAUUGUUGCAAAUAUUCAGCCAAUAUGAGUAAAGCAGGUCAAUGACCAUGAAUUGCGGCUUGAAGUGAAACCAGCACAGGAUUGACUUACAUGACUUAUUUCAAACAACCAAAAAUGCAACCGACACAAAAAGUCAACACACAUAGUCGCUCAUAACACAACCUGUUCACUGAACUUUGUGGAUAUAAAAAAAAAAAAAAAAAAGUCCACGCACCAUAAAACAUUCAAAAUUACACCCAUUUAAAUCUUUUGCAAUGCAUUAUGGGAAACAUGCAAAAGACUCUCUCCGCACUAAUUUUAGCUGCAUGAUAUUUCCGAUUGGUUACAAAACUUUAAGGAGGUCGUCACAGAUGUAAACAAAGUAGGAGUUGAACUUCCACAUACUCUUAAUAUCCAAUUAUAUUAAUUGUAUAUCCAUUAUAUUAAUAUAAUAUGUACACACAUAUAUAUAUAUAUAUAUAUAUAUAUAUAUAUAUAUAGUCGAGGUUACUGUGGUUUAUCCGUUAUACAGUGCUCAAUACCAGGGUAUGUUACGUUAGGUCAGGAAAAAACACAGAGGCUAUUUCUUCCCUACAAGCCUGUGACAUAGACAUAGACACAUGUUGGGAUAAAAUAGCCUCUGUGUUUUUUCCCGACCUAACAUAUAUACCGUAUUUUUCGGAGUAUAAGUCGCACCUGCCGAAAAUGCAUAAUAAAGAACGAAAAAAACAUAUAUAAGUCGCACUGGAGUAUAAGUCGCAUUUUUGGGGGAAAUGUAUUUGAUAAAACCCAACACCAAGAAUAGACAUUUGAAAGGCAAUUUAAAAUAAAUAAAGAAUAGUGAACAGGCUGAAUAAGUGUACGUUAUAUGAGGCAUAAAUAACCAACUGAGAACGUGCCUGGUAUGUUAACGUAACAUAUUAUGGUAAGAGUCAUUCAAAUAACUAUAACAUAUAGGACAUGCCAUACGUUUACCAAACAAUCUGUCACUCCGAAUCACUAAAUCCCAUGAAAUCUUAUACAUCUAGUCUCUUACGUGAAUGAGCUAAAUAAUAUUAUUUGACAUUUUACGGUAAUGUGUUAAUAAUUUCACACAUAAGUCGCUCCUGAGUAUAAAGUCGCAUUCCCGGCCAAACUAUGAAAAAAACUGCGACUUAUAGUCCGAAAAAUACGGUGUAUAUAUAUAUAUAUAUAUAUAUAUAUAUAUAUAUAUAUAUAUAUAUAUAUAUAUAUAUAUAUAUAUAUAUAUGAUUAUAAGUUUUUAUUGUUUUUGUUUGCUUGUUGAUUUUAUGCCAUUUUUGUCAUAGGAAACAUUGUUUUUUUUUAAUGGCAAACACACAACAUAUGCAAUAUUUUCCCCCCAAAAAAACAUUUCAAAGUGGAAUUUUCGAUGCGAAGUAAUAGGAGGCUUGAAUAGGUCAAUAAUCCACAACAACACUGAUUUUGAUUCAUUAUUAUUGUUUUGAGCAAUGACAGUUUUAAGGGGGGGGG